AUGCCUUCAACUAACAAUUUGGCUCAAUAUUUUGCUCAACAACAACAGAAAUCAUCUUCAAAUGAUUCAAACUCUGUUCCAAGACCUUCCAUAAACAUCCCAAGAUCCUCAAAAUCCCCUUCUCCAUCACCCUCUUCAUAUUCUGUACACUCAAAAGCUGUUGAUGCUGAAGAUGAUGACCAUUUUGAAAAAUCAACUUUCCAAUUGAAAAGAACGAGGUCAGUAGGAUUGUUGGAUGAGUUUAUCGCUCCAACUAGAAAAUUGAUGGAAGCUGAUCAACAAGUUGACGGGGAUGAAACAGAAGAAGAAGAAGAAGAAGACAAUGAAGAAGAUGGAAAAUAUGACAUUGAUUAUGAUGACACCAACAACAACACAUCAAGAAACUUUAAUGAUAACAAUAAUGACAAUGAUGAUGACGAAAAUCAGUUUAUUGAAGAUGUCGAUGAUGAAAGUUUUAAAUCUAAACCCAAAAACAAAAAAAGUCCAGUUUAUUCUUAUGAUGAUGAUUAUAGUUAUUCAAGUUUUGACAAUGAAGAUGAAAAUGCUUCAAUGUCGCCCUCUCCACCUGAAACACCUGAUUUAUAUCAACCACAUGAUGAUAAUGAUAUUGUUUAUGAACCUCAAAGACAUGUUGAUUAUUUAUCCCAUAACUGGAAAGAAUCUGAUAUACAAAAAUCUUGGAGAUAUAUUGUUUUGAAAAGAAAAGAUGUUGCAAAUUCUGCGAGAUUAGAAAAUGCUUCAUGGAGAACAUGGGCUCAAGCUAAAUAUCAUUUGAAAACUAUUAGCCCAGAAUCCGUUAAUUGGUUGAAAGAUUCUGAUGUUACUUGGUUAUACGGUCCUUUAUAUAAAGAACCAAAGAAUUUCCAAGCUCUAGAUGGCACUUCUUCAAGUAAUGCUACUGAUAAGAAAUAUGGCUCUGAUUCAGAAUCUGCUCCAAUAACUAAAAAAUCUAUAAAACAAGUUCCAGGUUCUCAACCAAGAAUUAAAGGCCCAAAACCAAUUUUAAAAAAAAGAACUGUCAGUGAAAUGUUAUCACAACCAUCAUUGAUCAAGUUACCUCCACAUAGACAUAGGGGACAAUCUCCAAUCAUUGAAUCUGGGCAUUCUUUACCUUCACCUCCUUCCAUUGAAGAUGAUUUUGAUGUAAUUUCAAGCAGAGUUAAUGCUCAAUAUAAGAAACAUCCUCAUCAUGAAGAAUCAAAUCAACAGCAACCACAUCAUGAUCAGCAAAAAAAUAUACUGGCAAGUGCCUCAUCCUUAGAUUCAAUUCCAAAAAGACAUGAUGAUUCAAAAGAACAAAUUGCUUCAUCUUCAGCUACUCCACAACUUCAACCUCAACAACCUCCAAAACGCCAUAUACAUUUCAAUGACCGUGUCGAACAGUGUAUGGCUGUUAAUUAUCCAGAUUCUGGCGAAGAUGAAGAAUACGAUGAAGAUUAUGAAGGCGAUGAAGAAUUGAAUGAAUCAGAUUCAGAAGAUGAAGAAGGUGGAUUUUUCUUACAAGUUAGAGCUCCUUCAACUCCUCAAAUCCAUAACAAGGAUUUGGUUUUACCACUGUCAUUGAAUGAAGCAAAAAAUUUAACUCAAGGUGAACAUCCUCCAAGAUUUCAAACCAUUGAAAUUUUACCUUGUACAACUUUAAAGCAUGGAUCUGAUGAAGAAGAUGAAGAAGAUGACAAUGAUGAUAAAUAUGCAGUUUCUCAUAAUGUCAACACAAGCAGAGGGUUCAAUUACUAUUAUGAUUAUAAUUCUGUUUAUCCAAGUGACCAAAGUAUACCUCAUGUUCAUUUAGGUAAUAAUGAAUACGAAUUGGAUGCAAGUGCUCAACAUCUUGAAGGUGUUAAAUUAGUUGAUGUCCCUGAAAAUAUCAUUCUUGGGUCAAAUGUCGAAAUUGAAGACACUCCAAAAUUUGCAGAACCUGAAACUACAGAAUCAAUUGAACAAUCUACUAUUUUACAAAAACCUGAAAAUAAAUCUAAUACAAGUGGUGCAUUUGUUUUACAUUCAGAUGAAGAAGGUGAUAGCUCAAGUGAAGAAGAUGAAGAACAUGACAAUGAUCAACAAUCUAUGAAUCCAAAUACAUCAUCAUCGUCAUCUUCAGGAGGAUCCAAAAAUUUUGGUGAAAAUAUUGGUAAAAUAAGUUCAUCUCCUAGUUAUGCUUCAUUAAGUGAUGUUGCUGCUCAAGGCUAUAUCUCUCAAAGUCCAAAUUCAAAUAAUUUAUCUAAUGUCAUUUCCAAGAACUAUAAUAAUGCCAACAAUAAUAUCAAAAGUAAUGAACCAGUCAUCAACCAUAAUAAUAAUAAUAGCAAUAGUAAUGAUGAUAAUAAAAUUCCUAGUAAUGCAAUCACUAGUGAGUAUGGUAAUGAUGAUAAUGAUAACAAUAAUUUCAACAAAUCAGAUGUCAAUGAAGUCCAAAAGGAGUCAGGUAGCGCAAGUCCAAGUGAAGAGAAAACUGGGUUCAAACAUACUUUUUUGAAUUCCUGGAAAAGAGGUAAUUGA